AUGCCGUCUACGGUGCAACGGAAUAAAGACCGCCGAAAACGACGCCGUCGGGUGGCCCAGGGAUUGCCUCCGGAGGAGGAUGGAGAACAGACCGGCGGGAACCAGGAAGCGACCGAUGCACGGCCAAGGGAGGUAGAGGGGGGAGAGGCGGAAAACAACACAGAGAAGGAAGCAGAGAAGGACGCAGAGAAGGAUGACGAGGAGGAAGGGGAGGAGGAUGAGGACGUCGUUGCCCCGCAAGUUACAAUUGACGAGGAUGGUAAUAUCGUCAUCGACCAGUCGAGCUUGGUAGUUAGUGCAGGGACGGCGACAAAUGCCGAGCUGGAUCGCGGCGCGGUGACUGUGGAGAAUCACGCGUUUUCCACUCACAUCACGAGUGCGACGUACUCGAAGAGAGAGGCCGCGAUGAAGUGGGAGCUUGUAGAAACGAAUCAGUUCUACGAGGCGCUGAGAAAGUUCGGCACCGACUUCUCGCUCAUGGAGAGCUCCUUUCCGAAGAGAACUAGACGUCAGCUCAAGCUCAAGUUUAAGCGAGAAGAAAGAGAGUUUCCAGAGAAGGUGGACAAGGCCCUCAACGAACCACCCCUACCGCUCCCGACGCUCAAGCUAGCGCCAACUGCGCCGACGACACAAAAUGGAAGGGAAGGGGCUGAAUCAAGUAAAGAGGUAGGAGCGGACGGAGCUCAAGUUAUCGAUUCAGACGCAGAAGAAACUGAGAAGGCUGGCCUCGCCAACAAUUCGAGCGACAGCGAAGAUGAAGACUAG